UAAGCAAGCAUGAGAAAUUGCUUGAACAAUCUCACUUCUUUAAUAACGAUGUUUGCUUUCUCGCCAUGGGAGAAACGAACACACUGCUUUCCCCAGCAUCGGCAAGCUUGGGCCAUUCUUUUUUUUGUUUUUUUUUUCGUCUGCGGGAAGGGUUUUCGGUUUAAGUUGCUUGAAGUUGCGGUCGGCAGGUUCCCGGCGGUAAUUCCUGAUAAUUCUCGUCUUUUGGGGGCCAUUUUGGUGGAGGUAUUCAUUGUCCCGAGUCGCGUUUGCAAUUCAAGAUGCGAUUCCCCGUAUUGCUGGGCCUCGCCCAGAUCACGGCUGCCAAUGUCGUCCCCCGGCAGUCCAGUUCAACAGUGGACGUCGGCAAGUCGACGCUGACCGCGGACCCGGCAGACCUGGACGGCGCGUGUUCGCUGGCCAUCCGGACCGCGGCUACCAACACCAAGUUCCGGCCGUCUCUGGCGCUCAAUUGUCUGCAGUCGAUACCUGUCGAUGUCAAUACGGACCUGACUCUGCUCGACCAACUGACCUACCAUGCCGAGACGCUCAGCACUCUGGGGUACCUCAAGGCGCCGCCAGCCGGCUACCUGAUUCCCGGUGUUGACAUCAUGGGUGCCUUUGAUGAAAUGAGGAAGAAGCUAAAAGAUGGCAAGUACGCCAACCAGUACCACUUUAUGGAAGAGGUCUUUAAUGUGUACCACGCCGCAUCGGAAAGCCACUUCACGUGGAGGCCGAUGAUUCUGAACGCGUUUACCUUUUCAAGAGGUCUCAACCUCGUCAGCGUCUCCCAGGACGGCAUCGAGCUGCCCAAGGUUUACGCAGAAGAGGAUUUUAUGAAGAGUCAGGGCGAUGGAUACAAGGCUUCACCCAUUGUCUCGAUCGAUGGAUCUCCAAUCGAGGACGUAAUAGCGAGAGAGUCCUUCAACGUGCUGGCCCAGGAUCCGGACGCAAAGUAUAACCAGUUGAUGCAGGGCCACGGUAUACAUUCCAUCGGCGGCGAAUUCUGGAAGAACUGGCACACGGCCGGCGUCCCCGACAUGCACAACGUCACCUUUGCAAACUCAUCGACUGCCGUCUACGUCAACAGCGCCAGUUAUUCAGGCGGAGUGACGGGCAUUCAGUCGGCCGAGGACAUAAGUAAGGCGUAUCUGUUACCAACUGACAGCGAGGGUGGGAUGAGCGCCUUCGAGCUGAACGCGAGCGACGACGGCAGUUUUGCAUCGGCCAUCAGCGCCAUGCAGCUGAAUUCCGUCUCCAAGCGCGACAUCGAGCCGCGCGACCUCUUCAAGCCGGAAAGGCUUAAGCCCUUUGUGAGCCACAAGCUGGGGAUGAUGUAUGGAUAUUUCCUGGACAAGCCCGACUUUACCGACGUGUGCGUCCUCGCCAUUCCGAGUUUCUCGAGCAACGGCACGAGCAACUUUCGGACCGAGCUCGAGGACACGCGGCGGGUGGCACGCGAGUUCGUUACCAAAUGCAAGGCUGCCAACCGCAACCGAAUCGUUCUCGACGUCUCGGGCAACGGCGGCGGCAACUACGCGGCCGGGGUGGAGCUGUUUCGCAACUUUUUCCCCAAGGCCGAGCACCGGCAGGCCUACAGCUUUCGCGUGUCGCCCUUUAUGCGCUACCUGGCCACCAACAUGGACGACGUGGAGAAGACGACCUUUUACCAGCAGGACCCGCGCGAGUACAAGCCCAGCUUUGACGAAUUCUUCAAGCCCUCCAGCGACAUCAAGCAAGACGCGCUCACCGGCCACGUGCUGAUCGAGCCCUCGAGCAUCGCGAGCAACUUUGGCGGCGACGCCAUCGACACCUCCAAGGAGCCGCCGUUCAAAGCCGACGACGUGAUCAUCCUCUCCGACGGACACGCCGGGUCCACCUGCGCGGGCAUCGUCAGCCUCUUCUACCGCGAGGCGGGCGUGCGAGUCGUGGCGUUUGGCGGCCGGCCGCUCGAGCGGCCCAUGCAGGGCAUCGGCGGCACGAGGGGUGGGUUCGGGUACGACGAGCCCAUGUUCCGCAACCUGUCGGACGCCUUCAACGCCGGCGGCCGAGCCCGGCGUCCGGACCCACCUUCCGGGGUCAAGCGGCCGCCGCGCUGGCCCCUGGCGGUCCAGAGCCUCUUCAACUGGCGCACCAACUGGAACAACGAAUUCGCCGUCGGGGCGGCGGCCGACGCGGUCCCGCUGCACUUUAGCUACGAGGCCGCGCACUGCCGCCGCUUCUACCGCGCCGAAAACGUCGUCGACCACAAGACCACCUGGGCCGAUGCCGCCGCCGUGGCCUGGAAGGGCGCCAAGUGCGUCAAGGGCAGCACCGUCAACGGCGAUGCGACCAUUGGCCAGGGCGGCAUGGACGGCGCCCCGGCGUUUUCCGAGGAUGUGCGUUCGCGGCAGCGCUACGUCGGCCUCGGGGCCGUCAACAAUGGUGUUGCCGCCACCGGCCAGCUGCCGCCGCAGGGUGGGCGGAAGGCGGGCUCUGGACCGGGCGGGGGUGGCGGUGGUGGUGGUGGUGACUCCAAGAAGGAUGCAGCGGAUGGCCUCAGGGCUAGUGUUUUUACCGUUGCUGGGGUUGCUGCCCUCGCAGCCGCUCUUUUGGUUGUCUGAUCGCUAUUAUUCCAAAAGUGUGCGAUCGGAUGUCUCUCGCUUUUUCUUUCUCUUUUAUUCUUCUCUUCCUUCUUUUCCUUUGUUGGGUUUAAAAAAGAUUUACUUGAUGCAUUGCAGGCGCAUGUGAGCGAUUCUUCUCUUUUGUACAGUACCAAUUAGGGUUUUGCCGGGCUAGAUUGUCUACUCUACUUAGACUUUAGCAUAGAGUUUACUGUUUGUUUGUCCCCGCACCGGACUAAUUUUACCCCAG